UAUAUUAUAUAUAUAUAUACUUGAACCUCACUUGAGUAAAAAGAACAAAGCCAACAACAGGUGCCAGCUUGAGAGCUCAGUAUUGUUUGGAUUUGGAUUUUAUUGACCAGCUUAGCAGCAACCAGGACUCACCAAGACAAUGGCAGCUUACGGGGUUAGGAACGCAGCUAUCACCACUAUUUUAUUCGACCUGGACAACACGCUUAUUGAGACAAGAAAGGGCGACAGUUUAGCUUGUAAAAAGCUUGCUGAGGAGUUGACUACGCAGUACAAUGUUCCGCACGAAGCGUCGACAAAGAUCACCAGCAGCUACCUGAAGCACUUCAGAAAUUGUCCUGAAAAUCAGGCGUACGACCUGGACACCUGGAGAACCUCUCUCUGGUCGAAAGCUCUGGGCGAAAAGUACUCCUGCAUCGCGGAUAAAGUCUACGCAAGAUGGUUGUACCUGCGGUACCGCUACCUCGCUCUGACUCCCGACACCAAGUUGAUGCUGAUGGAGCUCAGGAAGAAGUACGCGCUUGGCUUGAUAUCCAACGGCUCUUCCAACGCCCAGUGGGAGAAAAUUCGCCAGCUGGACGUCUCUCGGUACUUCGACCUGAUACUCGUGUCCGGUGAUUUGCCCUGGGAGAAACCUGAGUCCAGGAUCUUUCACGAAGCUUGUCGCAUUCUCGGCGCGCUACCCAGUAAUUGUAUCAUGGUCGGAGAUAAAUUGGAGACGGACAUACUAGGUGGUGUUGAAAGUGGAUUAGGUGGUACUGUUUGGUUGCCAAUUUCAGACAAAACACGACUGUCCGCGGAUGAUCCUAAGCCAGAUUACACAAUAAAGCGAGUAACUGAUUUAAUAAGCAUUCUGAAUCGUCGACCAGGCGCUCCGGAGCUUGAGGACUCAUCAUCAAACGCUUCUGACGGCAGCUGAUGAGAAAAAUUGUACUUUGCGAGAAAAAUUGUGCUCGCUCGUAAAAAUAUUCAUCGUUCACUUGUGAAUACUUUGAAUUUAUAUAAAUAUAUAUAAUUAUAUUUUAUAUAUAUGAUGAUUAAGAUGGAUAACCAAUAGCGAAGGAUCAAUAAUUAUUGCAGAGAAAAAUCGUUGAAACGACUUGACAAAACAAAAAAUAAUUAAUCUCUAUCUUUAACUCUUUAACAACUGUAUAGGUGUAAUCUAGACAACACAAACUAAAUAAUUAACUUACUAAUACCUAUAUUUAAAUAUAUAUACAUAUAUAUCUGGAUGAUGUACAGUUUGGGUGUGUAUACUGGUUAUACAUACGCAUGUUGAUACACUAUAUUUUUUCACCAUAUAUUUUAUCGUUGUUUAUUGAUGCCUAGCAUUGAUUUCUCAUGGACUCAAUAAGUUAUUAUUAAGUAAUUACAAAUGUAGUUAUAGUUUAUUAUAAUAAUUGAUAAUGAUUAAUAAUAAUCAACAAAUAGUACUGAUUGAUGGUGAUAGAAGCUUAUAUCCAGAGCACUGUGUAAUGUAAUUAAAUAUUUUAUCAAUAAAAAAUAGAUCUAAGAAGAAA